UUCUUGCAGUUGUUGGUCCCCUGCUCGGCAGCCAUCAAACAAUGCUAUUACCCUAACGGAAACCCGUCAAGCGACUUUCCAUGCGAUCCCAACGCGAAACAGAGUGCGUGUUGCGGUGGAGGACUUGGAGCCUCAUGUCUCUCGAACAAGCUGUGCCAAUCGAAUGAUGGGAAUAUUAUUCGAGGUUCUUGCAGCGAUAAGAACUGGUCCUCACCCGAAUGCGCCAACUUCUGUCUUAGUGCCGACACUGGAGGAACCGACCUAAUAUCGUGCUCCAAUGUUACCAACACCGACACAUCAUACUGCUGCGAUCAUACCAAUGGAUGUUGCGAUACCGGCGCUGGCCGAUUCAAUAUUUUGCCAAAAAACCCACAAGUAUGGGCGACAUGGAAUAAUGAAGCGAGCGUAUACAAGGUUGUUGGUACUGUAUACACUAGCAGCCCAUCAACUACAUCGAAAGUACCUACGAAGGCGACAUCUACAGCACCUGCUACAACAACUACAACAAGCGCUGCCCCAACAAACUCAAGUCCGAGCCAAUCUGAUCAGUCGUCUGGUCUAUCCACAGGAGCAAAAGCUGGUAUUGGCGUUGGCGUUGCAGUUGGAGUGAUACUCCUUGCCGUGAUUGCAUUUUUGGCAUGGAAACUUCGUCAGAGGAAA